AUGUCUUUCGCUGAAGAUGACUGGCCUGACCGGCAAAUACCAAGACCGAACAUUAAAGAAAGGAUCGAGGUUAUGUUUAAUAACGAUUUAUUGAGCGAUGUGAAGUUUAUCGUUGGAAAGUGUAGCGGUGAUUUUAAAUCGAGGGAAGUGGAGGAGAUACCGGCUCACAAGUUCGUCUUGUCCAUUAGCAGCGCUGUUUUCUUUGACAUGUUUCACACACCAGAAACGUUAGACGUUAUUCAACUCAGUGACUAUGAAUAUGAGAGUCUAAUGGAGAUGUUGCGCUUCAUCUACACCGAUGAAGUGAUCUUGAACGUAAGCAACGUAAUGGAAGUACUGCAUUUGUCAAGACGUUACAAGUUACCUUUACUUUCUGAUAAAUGCACUGAAUUUCUCAGGAAGAACUUAAAUGCCUCGAACGUGAUCAAUUUUCUUACGCAAGCUAAAAACGAUCAAGAAGAAGGAGUCGAGGCUAGUUGCUGGGAAGUAAUUGAUAAACACACCUCUGAGGUGAUAAAAUUGGAUGAAUUCACUACAAUUGACAAAGUAACUCUUGAAACUCUAGUUAAAAGAGAUUCUUUGUCUGUGAGUGAAGUUGAACUGUUCGAGGCUGUGAAUUCUUGGGCCAACAACCAGUGUGAAAUACAAGGCCUACUUCCCAAUGGAAAACUAAAAAGAAGUUUACUUGGGGAAGGAAUUGUGGAAAACAUUCGUUACCCAAUAAUGAAAGAGGAGGAAUUUGCAAAUGUAGUCCUGGAGUCCAACAUUCUAUCUCCCAAAGAGUGUUUUGAUAUCAUAAAAAAUUUUUCCUCAGUCUUGACAUCAACUCUGGGAUUUAAACAGGAAAAGAGAAGUAGAUUGGACAGGAAACAGUUAUGUAGAUUUGAUGCUGUUGUUGACUAUGGCUGGUUCUAUGGCCCUGGCAAAAAGGACUCCAUUGUCUUCUCUGUAGACCAAACUAUCAUUCUGUAUGGCAUAUGUUUCUGUGGAAAUCAAAAUGAAAAGUAUUCAUUGCAUCUUAAAGUAACUGAUCUGAGCUGUUUUUCAGUUGUUGUAAACAGGAUAGGAUGUUUUUCUUCACAGAAUCUACCUUACAAGUCAAGCUGUUACUGGGGCUUUGAAGUCUUGUUUGAUGCUCCCAUCAUGAUAGAAAAGAGCACAAGGUACUCUGUUGAAGCUGCCAUAUCAGGAAGUUUUUCAUGGCGUGGACUGGGUGGAGAGAAUACAAUCCAAUGCUCAGGAGUAUGCUUUCAUUUUGAAAACAGUGGACAAAGUGACAAUGGUACCUCUGUAAUGAAGGGACAGUUUCCUGGAUUUUUGUUCAGCAAAGAAUGA